UUUACCAAAGCGUUCCAGCUUCGUUACCAUGUAAAACAGAACGCAUUAAAGUGAUACAAAAAAAAAAAAAAGAAAUAGAAAUAUUAAUCAUAACAUUUUAGUAAUCAAUCAAGCGUAUAUCAAUUGUGCAAUGCAAAUACUAAUCACAAACUAACACGCUGUGCAUUUAAAAGCUAAUCGCAAAAUGCUUAGCUAGGAGUUGGUGAAACACUGCCGCUGAAGUGCGAUUUUUUGGUGUGGCCUUCUUAAUCGAUUCCAGUUUUGCCUGUCCCAAAACCGAAAACAAAGCAAAAUAUUUAUUCAUCGCACAAGGGCAGGACAACACAUUAGACUUAGGAGCGCUAGCUGGAACGGGAACGGGUAACAGGAUCAAAUCAACUAGCAUAUAUGCUUAUAUGCAUACGUGUGCGUGUGUAUGUAUAUGUUUAUUGACAAUGUUAAAUACAAUUGGAAACAAUGUGCUGUGCUUUACCUACAGUUUACAGCAGGUGCAUAUUAAACAGUCAACGACAACAACAAAUUACAAAUGACCAAAACGAGGAGUCGCUGCAACGGAAAAGCAAUAAUUAGCAACCAAACAAAUUAUUACAAUAAUAAUAACGACGACGACGACAACAACUUCAACUCAAUCACAGGAUACUUCCAACAAUUGUAGCCAAAAUUCUACGAAUACGUGAUUAUCGUUAUAUAUAUACGUACUGCUUGCCGAUACUGUUGGUCAUGUACUCCGAACCCUACGAUACCGAUGAGCUGGAUGCGAUAGUCGAUGUGGUCGGUUUACGAUCACAGUCGAGGCUCAACACGUUCCGUGAGAUGUGGUAUCAUAUCUUUCUGUGGGCACUCUUCUCAUCCAUAUUUAUACAUACCUGUGCCGCCUUGGUUGCCUUUGUGACGCUCCGGCGCCACAAAUUCGGACGCUUCUUUUCCAUACUGAUUCUGGUGAUGGGCUUCGUCUCGCCCGCUAGCAGCGGGAUCAUUAGCAGCGCCGUCAUAGCAUUCGUCCACGUCGCUUCCAGUUUGCCCAUGUCACCGAUCUACGCGCUCUUCUGGGGCGUCGGACAGACCAUAUUCUCGGCCUGCUUGGGCUUCUUUCGCAUUCUGGCCACGCUCUAGACAGAGUUGCGAACGGACUGACUACUAUCUAGCAUAUGGCACCGCAAAUCCUGCCCAUCCUCAAAUUCUGUUUUCUUUUUUUAUUAUUUAUGUGAAUUUAGCUCUUAAUGCUAAUAAUUAUUUACUUAUAUAUAUGUAUAUUUAAUAUGUAUUUCUAGUUCGCAUUCAAUAUCUUCAUAAUCCAGUU